GUGAGUAGUGCUGAAACCAAAGCAGUUUACCGGAUUGAGAGUUUUAAUAAGAAGCCGAAAAUGAUGUACGGAAUUACCCUAUUGAUACUAUUGCCAGGUUUAAUUUGUGCUUCKUCUGGCUUUGAAUUCUUACGCAAACCAAAGAUUGUUCAAAGUGUAAACAUUGGUGAUGACUUUGUCAUAGACUGCACUACUAAUGGCACUAACGUAACCACAGAAUUACUCAAGUUUCAUUCUGGKAAUAUGGUUCCUUUCCCAAGCCCUUUUUUAAAACAAAUACCAAUCAAAAAGGAUGGAGAUGUUUAUACAUUAUUAAAAGUUGGAUUUCCCGGUGCAGGACAGUACAAGUGCCGUGCAACUGASAAUCUAACAGGCCAAAGAAUUGAAUGGCCUAAUCGUCUGUACUUGAUUCCGACAUUUCCAUCAUCCAGGUUUCCGACAUUAUCUGUUGCUCCUAAGGGGUUAGUUAACUUACAAGUAGGGGAGAGUAAGAAUAUUUCAUGUCAAAGUGGAAGCAAUACGUAUCUCACGUGGUACAAAGUGGWCGGGAGAACUGAAUAUCCAGUACCAGCCAAUAAGAUUUGGACAGAAACUGGACCUGCGUUUAAAAAAGUCAUCWUGGAAAUAAAGCAAGCGAAGGAGAGUGAUACUGGUAGUUACAAGUGUGUGCUUGAUUUUAAAACAAGGCAAACGCAUGAAAUUGUUACGUUGACAGUUCUACCUCACGUCUUCAARUUCGUAGCUCCAAAGCCGAGCAAUGCUAUCCACCCGAUUUACAUUAACAUUGACAACAAAUUGAAGAUGAACUGUACCACGACCGAUCCCAAAGUAACGCCGUCAUUACAUUAUAAAGGUGCUUUAAAUGUCAAAUGGAGAAAACUCGACAAAUCCGAGUAUACCAAGUCAGGCAGUGUAUAUACCAUUCCAAUCUCGAUACGUUCAAAGGGUCACUUUAAAUGUGUGGCAACUAACUCCAAGGGGGACACAAUCGAAUGGCCCAGCAACUCYGGCAUAUUUAUUAUCCCAACGAUCCUACAAGUACCCGAGGUUACAGUGUCGCCAAAUUACAAAAAGUUCCUAAUAGUGGGAGAGAGCUUUGAUUUCACAUGCUCCUCAAAGCUCCAUACAGACCUAAAGUGGUUUAAGAUUGGAGCUGACCAUAAGGACGUUCAAUUACCAGCAUCUGAAACAUCAACGAGAAUCAUYGGGAACACCCAACAAUUGAUUUUGAUGAUUCGCAACGCAACGAAAGAUGAYUCAGGACURUAUAAGUGUGUUUUGAACUUCGCAGGUAGACAAAGAUACGAAAUGGCAUCCCUUGAUGUAUAUGACGCCCAACCUCCCAAUAUAACGGGUAUCAAGAACAAAGACCCUCUUGUCAAAAUAAACAGCAAAGUCACCAUUGGGUGCAUAGCUGAUGGCUACCCUAAACCCAUCGUAGAGUGGUUUAAAGAUGGGAAACCAAUAAACAUUCCUGGAUGUGCGYUAGCUGMUYAUAUGAAAUGCGAUGGAUCUCAAUAUACUUUGAUUUCYAAGUKGAUGACAAGCACUCUAGUCAAUAGCAGUUUAACAAUUCACCAAUUCAAUGAAAAUGACACCGUCUAUUUCACUUGUCAAGCUUCGAAUAAGUUUGGUCAUGUUGACUCUGAAGUAGCAGUCACACCAGAUGUCUUUCGCUUCUUAAAACCCAAACCCARAAAUAACAUAAUGUUACAAAAUAUUAUGCUUGGAGAGACCUUUAGCAUGGAUUGUACCACCAGUGAUCCAAACGCAACAUCAUGGCUSUUAAAAAAAGAUGGACUUUCCUGGAAAACUAUUCCGAAAACUGGAAAAUCUGMCGUAUACGAUAUCACACAAUUUUCCGUGAGUGAUGCAGGAGGAUACAAAUGCGUGGCUWAUAAUUCAAGUGGCUAUAAAAUCGAGUGGCCGAAUGCUAUAGGGUAUUUCGCGAUUCCUGAUUUGUAUGUCCUCCCCAAAAUGUCCAUUUCGCCGAUACAGGAGCAAUAUCUAUCACAAGGAGACAGUUUGAGCUUUACCUGCACUGCUGAAAGUUCAUCAGUUCAGUUGAAAUGGUUCCGCGAAGUGGCAAGGAAUACGUUUAAUCCUGUGCCAGUAUCCAAGACCAUUAAACAUUCUGGUUCAAAAACAAACCAGCUGGUGUUGAGAAUUGAGAAGGCUAAUGUGUCCGACAGUGGGYUGUACAAGUGUGAGAUGAGCUAUCGGAAAAAAAUGAAAUUUGUGACAGUCUCGGUCAAAGUAUUCGACAGGAAACCCCCAAGAAUCAUCUCCCACACUGGUCAAUCUAGUCCCAUCGUCAUCAAACGUGGUGUCCUACUUGAAUGUGUUAUAGAAAGCCACCCUAAAGCCUCAGUUCGGUGGUACAAAGAUGGAAAAGAGAUAACAGUCCCCGGAUGUCAAUUAGCUCUAGAUCUGAACUCAUGUACCAGUAAACAUUACCGAAUCAAAUUACACUCGGUUGUGUCUGAAUCGCGCAGGGUUCGAAGCGCUUUGAAGAUUAAACACUUCGACAUUAAGAAGGAUGCGGGCGAGUACACUUGCAAAGCUUUUAACGUGAAUGGCGAAACAAAAGCAAACAUGAGGGUUGGAAAAUAGUGUUUUUAAGGAUGCCGAGAAUGAGGAACAGWCUGCCUACAGACUCUACAAACARAAGAUAAUCAUAGUCAAUCYCAYUAACGUUGUUCAGGUGUAAAGACAUAAAGACAGCAAAAAAGUCAUAUUUCUAUUUUUUUCCAAGAUUAUUCAACCUCAAGUUMCAAAAUUUUAAGAUAACSUCAAUAACUCAAUACCAUUUAACUUGACAGCAUUAUCCUUCUUCGGUGCAUUGGAUUGAAAAAACAUUUUAUCAAUGAAUAAAUGACUUUGUUGUAUGUCUUAUACAACUGAACAUCGACUUUAAAUUUACUGUAUGUAUAGAUAUAGGAUAGAUGGCUAUAGAUAAGAUGUGGUUCUAGUUAAACCCGCAAUUUAGGUCUYAUGGCCAUUAACAGUGCCCUGUUGUUGUUKUUGUUUUAAUUCAGACUUCAUAAGUCUUACAAGUAUUUGCGUAGUGCUGCGCAUGUCCACGAAAAUGAGUCAUGUUUCAGAAAAUCUCAUACAAUUUGUAAAUAUAUGCAAGAUUCUUGAUCAAUCGUUGACAAAGCCAUAAGAACAAAGUCAAAUUGAUAUAUUUUUUUAUCAUUUUAUACAUUGUGUAUUUUAUUGUAUCGUCAUUAGUUGAACAAUAUUAAAAUACUUUAGAAAMUGAAGGGUUGUGUGACUUUGACUAUGUGGGAUAACUAUUAAAAUGACUGUAAAUGUUAA